AUGAUGAGUAACUCUCGGUCAUUCUGCAGCCAAACAAACAUGUCAAUCACUCCGAUCAGAUCAUUGAGAAACGUCACCCCACUUAAGGAGGUACUUCGAAUGGUGGGCCACAGGACAUAUGCUGCAGGCGCUGCUAAAAAGAAAGGCUCCAAAGGUGGUGCAGCUGCAGCUGUACCAAAAGCAUCACUGUUGACCAAAGAAGUAAAAUCCACUACUGUUUUUGGUGCUAACAUUCUGAUGCAGUCGAAAGCUUACGAAAGACACGAGAGUAUAGAAUACUAG